GGUCCAAUUUUGGCCUUUAUCCAACUGAAGGGGCUUUCCUUUCCUGUUGGGCAGAAGACAACCGAGAUGGAGAGCGUAGACAAGCAGAGACACAGCAAGCAAAUGGACUACAUGGAGAAGGCCCUCUGCGAGGCGACUACUGAGCGUGACGAGGUGGUCGGUCGAAUUAGCCAGCUUAAACGGCGGUUAGAGGAGCUACAGUGCAGUCAAGUUCAAAUCGAGCAGCGUCUUUCCGAGCGAAACGAAAAACUUAAAAAGUCCACCGAGGAAACAAACGGUCUUCGAAAUCAACUUGAGGCUCGACAGAGGAUGUUGGAGGAGACAGAGUCGAAGCUGGUCGCUGCACGCCAACGAAACAGUGAACUAGAGGCUGUUUAUCAGCGUGCCGAGGUGUCAAUCGAGGAGACCUCUCGACGCCUGCAGCAGGAGCAGGAGGGAUGUGGACGCCUGCAAAACGAGCUGCAGGAGGCCACCUGUGAACGCACAAAGAUGCAGCAAGAAAUAGAGGAACUGAGGAAGGCCAAAUCUCAACUUCAGAAGAGCAAUAAGUACCUUGAAAAGAAGUAUAUGAUGACAGUCACAGAACGGGACGAGGUUAACAGUAAUUGCAACAGACUUGCUAAUGACAUCAAGAGUCUGGAACAGAAAUUAAAGAACGCCGAAGGUGAAAUUGCCUCAUUGAACUCAAAAUUCCAGGUUAGUCUGUAA